UGUGGACUGUCGUCCACAAACAAACGGAAGCAGAAUCAACUAGAUUGAAGAAGGGGAAAAGCAUUAGAUUCCAUUUCCCAUCAUUUCCAUUUCUUCUUCAAACCAGCUAACUCAUGAUUCCCAGGAAAAAUAAUUCCUCCUUUCUCAUUCCUCUCUCCUCUUAAAUCUCUCUCUCUCUCUCUCUCUCUCUCUCUCCGUUCGUUUCCCUCUUCGGCUACCGUCUGAUUACGCCGCUGAUCGAGGCUGCACGCAAAAUUCAUUUUCUGAAGCAUCCAUUGUUUGUUUGUCGUCAUUGUGAAGAAAAGGGUGAAAAGGUGAUAAUAAGUUGCUGUCCUUAUCCUCAUAUCAGUGUGCAUAUUGAAGCAUAUUUCUUUCCCAGCUUCUUACAACUACUGCAUGGCCUUUGUGGCUGAUGUUUCAUAAAUGAAAGGAGAAGUUCUUGUACAAGUUAUUCAGAUAUAUCAAAUCUUUGCUGGGGAUUAACACAGGAGUCCUCAAUGGUAGACCUGAAAGCUUCUCAUGGUCCAACCAUAUCUUAUAGGCCUAUAAGACCCUCUGAUCGUGAGGUUCUUGAGCAAAUCCAUGGUGAUAUAUUUCCGAUCAGGUAUGAGGCUGAGUUCUUCCAAAAUGUUGUUAAUGGACGUGAUAUUGUCUCUUGGGGUGCUGUUGACCGCAGUCGGUCAAAUGGUCAAAGUGAUGAACUCAUUGGAUUUGUGACUGCGCGAAUUGUUCUGGCAAAAGAAAGUGAGAUAGGGGAUAUGCUCAGAUAUGACUCUGUAAAAUCAGAUCAAACUCUGGUCUACAUUCUGACACUGGGAGUGGUGGAAUCCUACAGAAAUCUUGGGAUAGCCUCUUCACUUAUACGGGAGGUUGCGAAAUAUGCUUCUAGCAUUCCAACUUGCCAAGCAGUUUACUUGCAUGUUAUUUCUUACAACAAUGCAGCAAUUCAUUUGUACAAGAAAAUGUCAUUCAAGUGCGUACGGAGGUUGCACGACUUUUAUCUUAUCAAUGGCCAGCAUUAUGACUCAUACUUGUUUGUAUACUAUGUAAAUGGUGGCCAGUCUCCUUGCUCACUGCUCGAGCUCGCCAGAGUUGCGGUGACCCAUGUGAGAAGUGGGUUGAGGUCUUUGUCUGCGAGGCUGUGGAAGAAUGAAGAGAAGAAGGGUCAUAAAAGGUUCAAAUACAAAGAAACCUGUUGCUUGGUAACAAAGACACAGAACAAGAGAGUCCUCACAACUGAAGCUACCGGGUACGAUUGUGUCUAGUUUUUGUAUAUGUUGAUUGAAUGCUGCUGCCAUUGCCGUUGCCAAAGCAGAAUGCCUGAGGUCAUUCAUAGACAGAUUAUAUAUGUACAAUCUUCUCCUUUCUUCAUCCUUUUUACUGCGCUUCAUAUAUGUAAUGCCGUCACAAAAUAAUGUGUUGCAAGAGCUUUUGCAUUUGUAAUUAUGCAUAAUCUUGAUCUUUGUUUCUCUCUUUUCGCCCCUAAAAUAAAAUAAGUAGAAGUAGGUUUCGUUCUA